AUGAGAGCCUUGAAUGUAACCUCCAGGCUCGCAGUGAUAGCCACUCUGCUGCUGUCCAUCGUGGAACUCGUUGCGGCUACUCUCAUUGAGAAAUACAGUCAGGGAGAAAGUCUACAGGCAGCGGUUCCCCAGAAUGCCGAAUACCACGACAAGAGCCCUCAGAUACGUAACGCUUUCGUCAGCUACGAUUAUGGAUACUCAUAUCCUCCACCACCACCUCCAACCACUUACGGAGAGCCGUCGUCGACUGCCACUUCUACAAGCAUUACAAAUAACGGUUAG